AAGAAAGGAAGCAACGUUAAAUCAUAGAAUUUGCUGGCACGCUUUUGAAGUCCCACCUCCUUCCAUGUGUUCCACCUAACUCAAUCACUCCAUGCUGAUAUGUCACCUCCCACCAUGCAUGACUUUUCAAGAAAAGCACCAAAACUCUCUCUCUCUCUGGAGAUCGCGAUUGACGAAACCAUAGGCCAGUGGCCGUUUUAUUUGGAACCUGUGUUUCUUCUCCCCAGGGGUUCUUGUUGUUUUAAUCUUAUAAAGAUCACAUAUUUGUGGGGGCAAUCAGACGGGCUCUUAGAAAUUUUAUGUGAUUGGAUUGUGAGAUUUUAUUACCUGGCGGGUUUAAAGAUGUACGCGGUGGAGCGGCUAAGUAGCUACAUCACCAGGGGGGUGUACACUGUCUCCGGUCCAUUCCAUCCAUUUGGUGGGGCGGUGGAUAUAAUUGUAGUUGAACAGCAAGAUGGGAGCUUCAAGUCUUCGCCUUGGUAUGUUCGGUUCGGGAAAUUUCAAGGGGUUUUGAAGGCCAAGGAGAGGGUGGUCAACAUUUGUGUCAAUGGAGUCGAAGCUGGUUUCCACAUGAAUUUGGAUCAUAAAGGAGAAGCUUACUUUCUCAGGGAGGUAGAUGUGGAAGAAGGGGAAAUUGUACCAUAUUCUGUGUCCUCUGGGGAUGAGACGGAAGGGCGGUUCCAGAAUGAUAGGCGGUCUUUGAAGUCCAAAAGUUACAAUUUUGAUGCUAAUACGUCUAAUUCAGCUGAUAAGAUUGAUCUUUUGAGGAAUGGGAAGGCUUUGGCAAGGACUACUUCCCGGCGGCCAAGGAUACUUGGGCUUGUUUUUGGGCGGAGGAGGUCGAUGAAGGAGGAAGGUUAUCAGGAGGGAGAGGGUGAUGAUGGCGUGGCAAGGGCUGAUUCAUUGGAGCGUGCUGAGAUUGCAGCCAACCUCUUGGAGGUUAAGUGGUCUACGAAUCUUUAUAAAUCCCGGAAAGGUGCCAAUAAAGAUGUGCAGAUUACUGAUGGAAAAGGCGAGGUGAGCUCAUCUGAGCAUGGCAAUGUGAAAAAUAGUUUGGAUCAAUAUGUGUUACACGAGCAAACUGGUUCCCACAAUGAGCAAAUGGGUGAAAGCUCUCUCUCUGGAUUUGAAAAUCUGCAGAGUUUUGUUGAGGAAACUAGAAUAGAAGUUGCAUGUUUUAGCACCCCAGAACAAGUUACUGAAACUUCUGUUGCAGGUGAAAGUGUUUUGGAAGGGAAAUGUGAGUUGAUGUCUACAUUAUCAAGAAAGAUUGAUGUGGGGGAUACUGAAAAUGAUGAGAACACAAAAGUUCAAGAUUCGAUUGAGCAUGAAGGACACCCUGGAAAGCAUAUUGAUGAAGAACAGGUUUUCCAUGUAACGAAUGUUUUGCCAGGCUGUGGCAUUUCCCAGGAGGAGAGUGAAACAGAUAGAGUUCGCUCAUUUAUAUAUUGUGAAACAUCCGAGAGAUCAAUAGUGGCAAUGGAUGUUACCAGUGAACAAACGCGUGAGACGAUGUACCUUGGCAGUGGAGAACUCGGGGAAGUCCAUGUUCAUACUGAAAUGCUGCAUUCAACAACUGAACUGCUAUCGGAGGAUACAGUUACUCUUCAAGUUGCUGAGGAUGGUGAUUUUCAGACAGACCCAGUGGAGGAUCCAGUGAAUCAUUCCCAGGAAAUGAAUCCUUCUCGUUCUUUCAUACAUAAAUGCAAUGUGAUGGACCUUGAAGGGCCAUCGAUAGAACCAGAGGUCGAUACCCAAAUGGUCAGUGUGGGCCCGACACUUGGUUUAGAUGACAAAGUAGUGUCACAGAGCAUUUGCACCAUUUCCGGUUUCAGCAACUCAGCUCAUCAGGCUCAAGAUAAGGAAAACAACAAGGAUGAAGAAAUCACAAGCAAGUUCCAACCUUCUUUGGAGUCUAUUGGUGACUGUGUCCCGAUAAAAGCAAUAAGUACCCUGUCAUUAGGGAGUUCAGAGGAAGAACAGUUUCUCUUCAGUGACCUUGAUGAAAUCAGUGAGGUGCAGCGCAUGGAGUCAAUAUAUCCAGUGCAUGUGGAUAAAGAAAGUCCCUCAAGUAGUCCUGAAGACAUUAAAGAAGCAAAUAGGUUAGUCAACGAAAGAUAUGACCCAUCUUUGUUAUCCGAAAAAUCUGCUCAAGAGAAUCCAUUUAUUGAUCUUGAAGGCUCGAUAGAAAAAUUAAGGAUAUCAUCAAGCCCCAUCAUCAUACCUAGAAGUCAUAAGGUUUCUGGUGAGGAAGUUGGGCGGCUGGUAGAAUCAUUGCCCAAUUUGUGGUCUCACACCGUAAGUCCAGAUGCACAUGACUUUUGUCGUCCUCUCAGCCAAUCACUGGAUUCAAGUUCCAAAUCCUUGAAUUCAAAAUUGCAGAGCAAUGAUGAUUCAAGCUAUAUAAAGUCUGACAAAGAUCCACAAUUGGCACUGGAGCAGCCAAAUAUUGAGGAUACACAGAUUACAGUGGAGCCUAUAAAUGGUCUUGCCAAUUCUGCAGUCGAGAUAUCUCUUUGCAAGCACUUGUUAUAUGAAGGGAUGGGGGCUGAUGCAGCUUCUCAAGCAUUUGAUGCUGAAAAGUUGGAUGUAAAUAGAUUUACCUCUCUAGGUCCUGAGGUUAUGAAGGAUGAUAGGCUUGUUGUCAAAAUUUAUGGCCUUUAUUUCCCAUGGGAUGUGGCUGGUCCUAUUGUGUUAGGGAUGGUCUCAUUUGGAAGUGAACAAAUAUUUGAACCAACAGGCAUGAUAGCAGUUGACAAAGUUGAGAAAUCUCUUACAGGAGAUCCAUCAAAAUCCAGUGUUGCCUCAAGGGGAGGCUGGAGGAUUUGGCCCUUUUCUUUCAGGAAAUCAAGGUCCAAGAAGGGUUUGCAGCCAGUUCUGAAAGAUGUCAGAAAUUCUGAUGUUGAGAAUGCUUCAGAGAGCACGAUGGGGAUGGGUGAAGAUAAAAAUGUGCUUAAACCGAAGGUGGUGAGGAAGAUUGUUAGGGAAAUGACUCCAACAUCUGAGCAACUAGCAUCGAUGAAUCUAAAGGAAGGGAGGAACACAGUAACUUUCACAUUCUCCACGGCGAUGCUGGGGAAGCAGCAGGUUGAUGCAAGAAUAUAUUUGUGGAAAUGGAACACUCGUAUAGUAAUCUCAGACGUGGAUGGGACAAUUACAAAAUCGGAUGUUCUAGGUCAGUUCAUGCCUUUCGUUGGGGUCGAUUGGUCACAAACAGGCGUUGCACAUUUAUUUUCGGCCAUUAAGGAAAAUGGGUAUCAAUUGCUCUUUCUUAGUGCACGUGCAAUUUCUCAGGCUUAUCACACUAGACAAUUUCUAUUCAACCUUAAGCAGGAUGGGAAGGCUUUACCGGAUGGGCCUGUUGUUAUUUCUCCUGAUGGACUUUUUCCUUCUCUUUAUCGAGAAGUAAUCAGGAGGGCUCCUCAUGAAUUCAAGAUCUCGUGCUUAGAGGAUAUCAGGGCAUUGUUUCCUUCUGAUUGCAAUCCAUUCUAUGCUGGUUUUGGAAACAGAGAUACUGAUGAAUUUAGCUACCUUAAGGUUGGAAUCCCGAAAGGAAAAGUUUUUAUUAUUAAUCCGAAGGGUGAGGUUGCUGUAAACCGCCGUGUUGACACAAGAUCAUAUGGUUCACUUCAUGCUCUUGUGCAUGACAUGUUUCCACCUAUGACCUCGUCUGAGCAGGAGGAUUUCAAUUCGUGGAAUUACUGGAAGUUGACACCUCCUGUUUUCCAUGUUUGAAAGAGUCAGGCGCAUUAAUUGAUUAACCCUCUCGAUGUGGAGAUGGAUUAGUGUUGCAAGUGCCUGUAUGGAGUUAUCCUGGGUAUAUGUGACCAAGGCUGAUGGCAAAAGUUUCACUUUGUUCAUAUUUUGCUUGGCUGGCUGUUUUAUUGGCAACUAGAAAGUAGCUAUAGAAGAUUUACAGUAGAGGAGUUGGAUCUGUCACUCCUGUAUUCUGCUUGGAUACAUCAAAAUCAGCAAAAAAAAAUUCAGUUUUGUAGUACUCUGCUCUUGCCAUUUACUAACAAUCCAAUACGCAAGCAUCUGCUGAAAUCCCAUUAGUUAGGCAUACUUUGUUCUGGUGUAAAAAUUCUCUUCCAAAUGCAAAAUAGUUUCUCAUGAUCAGUUCAUAGCUAGGUGAUACCCGGUUGAUAGUUGAUUGCCAUGUGUAUAUGUCCAUGUCAGGACCCUUUUCCUCUUUCUUUGGAUAAUUAUUAUGGGUACUCCUUAUGGUUCUUUUUCA